UUAAGCAACAUUGCAACAAACAAAAAAAAAGAAAGAAAGAAGAGUAGUUUAUUCUUGGCAGAUGCAGUGCACACCCGCGCGCGCGCGCUGACGCACAGACAGCAAGCGCGUGACAGCAGCAGCGGGAUUCAAACCUCACUGGAGCACUGGACUUAUACUUUUACCCUCAGUACAAACUGAAACCCGACAUGUCUUCUUCUACAGAGAUGACUGCUACUACGAAGAUCACUCCGGAGGUUCUCCACGAACUCCUGCAGUUCUACAACCUCUCGCGUCAGGAGUUCAUCGACACCUACAACAUCCAGCCUCUGGUUUACAUCCCCGAGCUCCCUGCCGGAGCGAAGACCACGUUUGUCGUGAUGUACGUGAUAAUCUUCGCUCUGGCUCUGGUCGGGAACAGUCUGGUGGUGUGUAUCGUGCUCCGGAAGCGCGCAUUGCGCACCGCCACCAACAUCUUCAUCUGCUCUCUGGCGGUCAGCGACCUGCUCAUCACCUUCUUCUGCAUCCCGUUCACACUGCUGCAGAACAUCUCGUCUGAGUGGCUGGGAGGGGUUCUAGUAUGCAAGACCGUUCCUUUUGUGCAGACCACAGCCAUCGUCACAGGCAUCCUCACCAUGACCUGCAUCGCUGUGGAGAGAUACCAGGGCAUCGUCUACCCGCUCAAGAUGAAGAGGCAGUACACUCCCAAACGAGCUUACAGGAUGCUAGGGCUGGUGUGGAUCGCUGCUGUCAUGGUCGGAUCACCGAUGCUGUUCGUUCAACAGCUCGAGGUUGACUCUCUAAUCUGUGUUCUUCAGGUGAAGUAUGACUUCCUGUACGAUCAUCAUCACGUGUGCUGUCAGGAGCGCUGGCAUUCCCUGCUGCACCGUCAGGUUUACACCACCUUCAUCAUGGUGGCGCUGUUCCUGCUGCCGCUGGCCGCCAUGCUCUUCCUCUACAGCCGCAUCGGGAUCGAGCUCUGGAUCCGGAAACGUGUGGGAGACUCUUCCGUCCUCAGCACCAUGAACCACAGAGAGAUCAACAAGAUCUCCAGGGGAGUGAAGAAGAAACGAGCCGUCAAAAUGAUGAUCACUAUCGUCCUGCUGUUCACCGUCUGCUGGGCUCCGUUUCAUAUCGUGCACAUGCUGUUCGAGUACAACGAGCUGGAGAAGAACUACGACGAGGUCACGGUGAACAUGAUCAUCGCUGUGGUGCAAGCCAUCGGCUUCUCCAACUCCUUCAACAACCCGAUCGUCUACGCCUUCAUGAACGAGAACUUCAAGAAGAACUGCGUGGCCACGCUUUCGGUGUACCUGCGGCGUCCCGUCCAGCAGGGCGGCGCCGUCCAGCGGCCCAACCUCAGCGUGCACUUCUCCAAACACCUCAAAACACCUCAGAUGCAUCAGAACCGAGUGCUGUCCUCGUCACACGGAGAUCUGGAGAUAUCCACGGCGUUCACUGAGCAGAAAGUCAAAACCACAAACUCUCCGCUUCCGUCCAGCAGCUCCUGUGUGAAAUAAACUCCGUGCAGGCGGAUGAGCGCUUUACUGCCAUCUGCUGGCAACAAACGCAGCCUCAAGAUCAUCAACACCGCUGUCGAAGGAGUUCAGGAUAUUAAAUCUGUGACGGGAGACGCAGAUCGAGAGGAAGACGUCCUAGCGCAGUGGAAAUACAGCACUGGCCUCAUUUAAGGAGCAUGAAAAUCAUCAUUCACUCACAGUCAUGUCGUUCCAAACACAGACACGGUUGUUUUCUGUGGAGCACAAACGGAGAAAUUCUGCAAAUUCUUCAGCUCCGUUAAACAGCAGUUCACAGACUGAAAAAAAGUGACAUGGGAGGCAAAAUUAUAUUUCAACACUUUUUCUGGGGAAUGCAAAAAAAGAUGUUUUAGUGUAUAAAAACUUUUUGGAUUUUUUUAUUAUUAUUUUAGAAUUAUUUAUUGAUUUUUUUUUUUUUAUUAUUAAAUGUUUAUCUCAAUAGUCCGAAAAGAACACUUUUUUAUUUUUGAGUUUAUCUUUUUAAAAUGUAUAUAUAAUUUAGAUUUUUUUUUUUUUACUUUAUUUAUAGGUUUAGUUACUUUAGCACAUACAAUUUAUGUAAAUGU